AUGAAUGAUUUAAUAGAACUUCGGGAAAAAGUCCAAAUAACUGUUAGCAAUAAUCACAACAAUGAACCACAUUCAUCCACAAAAUACACUGUUUUGCCAUCUAGCAGCGAUGCCAGUAAUAUUACCUCUGAUAAAGUAAACCCAAAAAUAAAUCCAUCAAGAUGGAACACACUAGAAUUUUAUUGCUAUUAUUUGGUUUUUAUUAUAUGCGUCCCGAUGAUGUUUAAGAUUGCUAUUGAUUUGAGUAAAGAUUCGCAUCCAAAUUAUCCGUUGUACGCAAGAAGAUUACAGAAAGGAUGGAUAUUUGGGCGAAAAGUGGAUAACAGCGAUGCACAAUUUGCUAGCCUUCGCAAUAAUUAUCCAAUCCUAACAAUCGCACUGGUCGGCUAUUUAACUCUGUCUCAUAUAUAUCGAUUGCUAUUCAUACCAAAACCCCCAAUAAAACAACCAUCACAACAUCUUAGACGCGCAUACUUCUUUUUAGGAUUUGCUUUGAUCUUUCUGUUGAUUGCUGCAGUUCUAUGUAUGGAAUUGAUGCUUCAUUAUGUGUAUGUUGUGGCCAUUAGUCAAUCGAGAGCGUGGAUAGGCUAUACGCCAGCUCAAUUGAGCAUGAUUGGGUAUUUUAAUUUAAAGUUAAUUUGGUUAAAGCUAUUAAUAAUAUGGCGGUUUUUCCGAUUUUGGGCGAUGGCAGAUGGUAUAGAGGUAUACGAGAACAUGACCCGGUGUAUGAGUAAUAAUUAUUCGCCUCAAGGAUUUUGGAGAAGCUGGCAUCGAAGCUUUAAUUUAUGGAAUAUUCGAUACAUUUAUAUCCCACUUGGUGGAAGCAAACAUCAAACCAUAAAUAUCUUAAUAGUAUUCACAUUUGUCGCAUUAUGGCAUGAUAUAUCAUUACGCCUGCUAGCUUGGUCAUGGCUAAUUUGGUUAUUUAUUCUUCCAGAAAAUUUUGCGCAAACUAUAUUUUCUGCCAAAAAGUGGAAUGAAUCACCAUAUUAUCGACACAUUUGUGCCGCCGGGGGAGUAUUUAAUAUUUUAAUGAUGAUGUUUGCGAAUUUGGUUGGAUUCUCUGUUGGAUUGGACGGAAUCAAAGAUUUGUUGACACAGAUUUUUUUGACGGUUGAUGCAAUAUUUGUUGCUGUGCAAGUGAUGUUUGAGAUUAGGGAGGAGGAGGCACGAAGAAAUAUUCAUACCAAAGGACGAGAUUAA